GUACCGCAGUUAUCAACUCGUUAAAUAACAAGAAAUUAUAACUUUUACACACCAUCUCUCCCUUCCUUAUUCCCGAUCUGUUCCAGCUUCUAGCAGACGCCACACUUCAAACCGGAAAGUUUUCUUGAAGAAGUCAGAAUGUUGAAGGGUGUAGUGUCGCUUGUCACCGGGGGAGCAUCUGGCCUCGGAAGGGCAACUGUGGAGAGAAUUGUUAGAGAAGGUGGACGUGCUGUCAUCUGCGAUCUUCCCACCUCCCAGGGUGCCAAAGUAGCCAGUGAUUUAGGAGACAGUGCCAUUUUUGCCCCCACUGAUGUAUCAUCAGCAGAAGAUGUAGAGAAGGCCCUUGCUAUGUGCCAAGACAAAUUUGGCAGGCUUGAUGUGGCAGUCAACUGUGCUGGCAUUGGCAUUGCUGUGAAGACCUACAACCCGAAGAAAAAAUUGCCUCAUUCUCUGGAUGACUUUAUGCGUGUCCAACGGGUCAACUUGGGUGGCUCUUUCAAUGUGAUCCGCCUGUCCUGUGGAGUGAUGGCAGAGAAUGAACCAAAUGCUGAUGGACAGAGAGGAGUAAUUGUGAAUACGGCAAGUGUUGCGGCAUUUGAUGGACAGAUCGGCCAAGCUGCCUACUCUGCCAGCAAAGGAGCUAUCGUGGGCAUGACGCUCCCCAUUGCGAGGGAUCUUGCACCUUUGGGGAUCAGAGUGUGCACUAUUGCUCCAGGGUUAUUCAAGACUCCCUUGCUGAUGGCUCUCCCUGAGAAAGUGCAGAAUUUCUUGGCCACAACUGUGCCCUUCCCCAAGAGACAAGUGGUGAAAGAUAGACGAGUAACUGAGAUGGUUCAGGCAAUCAUCACAAACCCAAUGAUGAACGGAGAAACUGUGCGAGUGGACGGAGCCAUUCGCAUGCAGCCUUAAGUGUAGACACAAUCAGUUGCAAUUAUUGAGGAAUUUUGUGGCUAUACAGGUUGUGUUGAACGUCUAGAUUAUGAGAAGUGCAGCUUUUUCGAAGAGCAUGGUUACACAAUAGGGUAAAGAGUGAAAUAUUUAGUUUGAAGUUUCUAGGAUGUUGUUGGCAGAUCUGACUAUGUAACUAAUUUGCCAUAGAAUUUUUAAGAGAUUGUUGAUACUGAAUGUUAGGACUAACAGCAUAGAUGAAAUGGAUUUAGACUGUGGUUUAUUAUUAAUAUUAUUAUUAUUAUUUAAAUGUAGUAAGAGCAUGGUAAUAGUUUAUUAUUUUGUAAUUCUGAACAAAUCAUGAUCUAAAUAAUAUCAAAAGCUAUUUCUUUUUUUAGUAAAAUAUUAAAUUCCUCCAAGAAACUAUUACUAGUAUUUUUAUGAAGUGUCGUAUAUAUUUUUUAACAUUCUUUGUUGCUCAUUUUUCCAUAAAUGUAAAAGUAAAAUUUCUCUGUAUGUAUAUAUAAUAUACUUUAUAUUUUCA